UCUAUUAAAAAUAUUUCUUUUGAUUUGCAUUAAGGACUUCAUAAGUUUCGAGUAAUAGAUGAAUUUUGAAGAAACAUAAUGCUCCAUAAAUAAUAAGACCCAAAGAGUUAUUUUUUCUGCUAUUGUUUUAUUUCUUCAAACAUUCAUAGCAUUUAUGGAGCUAGAAAUGCCAUGCAAUAGUUUCAUUGCACUCGGAUAUGUUGUUCAAGCUUAAAAGUUGCAGUAUCGUAUGAUGAGAUACCUAAAUUGGCAUAAACAAGAUUUAAAUAUAAAAGUAAAUAUAUAUAUAUUCUUUGAUUAACGAAAUAUUGAACAUUCUGAAUCGAGUAUUUAGUUAUUCUACGUCCAGAUCAGGGAAGAAUCUACAGAGUUGUUUUUUGAACUUGAUACGAAAAUAAAACUUAAUCUCUUUCUUUUCACAGUUCGAAACGGCACUAGACUCGCAAACAAGUUCCUCCCCGGAAAUUCAUAAGGGAUACUAGGAAGUCCUUGGCCAUCGGCCAGAAAUACAGAACGUGACUGAUUCGUAACAGAAGAGUGGAUCUCUUAGACCACAAUUGUCUUUUGGAGUACGCGGUAAUGCAUCUCGACAACCGCAAUCACUGCUAUUCUUUAAUAAUUGGUACCGACUAUACUAACUACAGCUCGUGCUAAAAUUGAAAUUAGGAUUAUCUUGUCAAUGACCGCACGAUAUGAACCACCGGAUGAUGGUAACGUAUUAACUAAUGAACAAAUUCGCAGGAGAUAUCAAGAUACGUCGUUAGUUAUUUUUAAAGAACAACAAAAUAAAAAAGAAGUCGUAAACUAUUUGAGUUUUGGUACCAGUCGUAGAACUAUGGAAUAUAGUAAUUUUGGUAAUCAGCCUGUAAUCGUACGAAGACCCGUGGGAUCACCAGGUCACGGAGAAAUUCAGGACACAUCACAGGUUCGAAGGAUAUAUCGAAAGCCACAAGAAACUUGUACUAUAGUUUAAUUAAAACCAAUUCCCAACUAAUAAUAGAAUAAAGUCAUUCAUUCAUAUUAAUCCUAGAAUUGCAUAUCCUAUUAGAUUUCAUUUUUUCAUACAACGUUAUACACAUCAAUUUUUAUGUUUCUUGUUCAGAGUACUUUUUAACAUAGAAUAUUUGAAAUAUAGAACAUCAGUGUUGUUAUAGAGAAUUAAAUCCAAAAAUAUGUAAGACAUUCAGUUUCCUAAUAGCGCUGUAUGAAUAUGUGUCUACUAUUUUGUAAUGAGUUUUAUCUUUUAAGUAAUUUCAAUCAUUUAUUACAAUAAAAGUCAUAUUAACAAAACUUUCAAAUAACGAUAUAAACUUCAAAGUAGUUUAAUCGCUUUAUUGAUAAUUGUAGAUGUUAUACUGUUCUUUUGUAAACUACAUACAACAUAUUAUGGAGUAUUACCAAGUAAUUAAAACAUGGCGGUUACAUGUUCAAUCUCAUAUACUUGAUUCGCACUAGUAAUGCUUUCUGACGCGUUAUAUUUUUACAAUAUAAUUCUGACUCAUUAUUUUUAAAUUAUAAAACGUCUUUCAGAAAUGUUUUAGCCUAAAGUGAUCAAUAAUAUGUCACUAUAAGUGUGUGAGACUGCAAAAUAUAAAUUGCAGCAAUUUAGCAAUUGUAUUCCUCUAAUCCGGCGUAAAGGGAGCCCUUGGGACUUAUAAAGGUUGGUUCCUAUAAAAUAUGUAUUAAAGAACCGGAAUAGGAGAGAUUGGGUGACACGAUCGUAGAAAAAUAAAAAGACUCAGAAGCCAUUGAA